AUGAAAACAUUUCAAAAUUUGCGGAAUGCACGGACCACGCCGUUAUCACGGUCACAAGCACAAUCAUCGAGCAAUAAGCCAUCGAACAGUGAAGAUCGAGCCGUCAACAGCAGCAGUGUGAAGCAAGGACAGCAGUCACGUUUCAGCAGAUUUUUACCGUCGUCGCAGUUCAAAACAGCUGUUGAAAAAUCUAGUCGCCGACCGAGAACCAUUUCAGGCGAAAAGCAUCUCGUUAAUCCAAAGGUCAAAAAGUCGACAAUGCCGUCAAAGGCUUGGCGUGGAAAAGGUAUAUUCUCGCCAAAAGCUCAAAUUUCGCGAAUACAAAACAACCUUGGAUUUCCAUGUGAACUACCAGAUGACCUCGUUGCGGAGGUUGACAUACAAGCAAAAUUCGAUCAAAAGGACAAAAAAGUAGGCCUUACUAUAACCAAGUCGCUGCUCAUUCUUAGAGUGGAGGAAUAUUCAAUAUUUUAUGGAAAAUUGAAAAUAUGCGAUUUCUUAACAUAUCUUCAAGAUGAACCAAUUGCCAGCAAAAAAGAAUUCUACGAUAGGUUGAAACCAUUGCGAGAUGUUGGCAAAGAGUUUCAUUUGCGGUUACGAAGGCCAUUAUGGAAUACGCCAGCCACUAGAUUACCAAAAGGUUACGAUCGCGCACCGGGAUAUAGUUAUAUUCGCGGUCUGAUGAUCCUUUAUCCUGGCGGUAAUCUGGGAAUGAACGUCAAAUCUUAUAACAACAAAGUAUACGUAACGAGUACAGAUCAGAUGAGUAUAGCAUCAGCCGCUUGCUUGAUGGGUGACUGUAUUGUAGACGUAGAUGGUACACCGGUUACGUCAACUGUAUCAUGCGGUGAACAAGUGCUAAUGACAAUUGAAAGAGCGGUGGAUGUGCAAGCUAUACGUGUAGUGAAAUUUGUGCUACUUGUUGAGAAAAUUCCUGAAAAGGAUCCCAGGAUGGCACACGACACCACUAAGAUCGGUGUGGAUGAAGCAGAAAAAAUUCGGCGACAUACUCUCCCAGCAGCUUUGAAAGGCAUUUAUCGCGGGAAGCAUGGAUGUGACCAAAAACAUUUGGUGAUCCAUGAGAUGUCAAUGUUCACGCCGAUUGGUGCCGAUCCUUUCAAUCCAUUGCUGAUGCAGGCGGUACCACCAAAGAAGAUGGACGCCAUGCAUGCCAGUAAAUCGAGUCAAGUGAAUAUUCCGACACCUUUACAGCGAUCGAAGGAGUAA